AAAUAAAAAGUUAUCUUUUUCUUUUAGGAAUACUUUCAAAAUAUUUGCUGCUUAAAAAAAUAUUUAUUUUUGCAGAUGAUUUAAAUACAUUACACAAGUCAUUACCAGCAUUGAAGUACUUAUCUUAUAAAUGGCUACUUUCACUAACAGCUUCCAACCAUUAGGACCAACAAUUGGGACUCCUGGAAGACCAAUUUUUUCUGGUAUACCUCCUCCUGGCAGUACUGGUAUGCCAGGAAUGCCUCCUGGUACUGGUUUUUUUCCAACACAACCUGGAUUCCAGCCAACAAUGUCUGCAAUGCCUCCAGGUCCACCCGUUCAGAUGCCACCCAUGUUUUCUGGUCCUCCUAUCGGUGCUCCUAAUCUGAUUGGCAGUGUGCCUCCUGGUUUGCCUCCAGGAUUACCUCCGUCAAUGCCUCCAAUUCCAUUCCAAGGAAUGACUUUACCAGGAAUUCCAGGUAUGCCACCAAUUAUGCCAAUGGGUAUACCUCCUGUUUUGCCUCCAGUUAUUAUGCCCUCUCCAAUCUCAUCAAAAAAAGAAUCAAAAAAAAAAGAAUUAGCAAGAAAGGAAGCCGAAAAAGAAAAGGAAGAAGAAAAACCUAAAAAGAAGAAAAAAAAGAAGAAACCAAAGAAAGCAUGGACAGAGCAUUCUGCCCCCGAUGGUCGCACAUAUUAUUUUAAUGCAGAAACAAAAACAUCACUGUGGACUAAACCUGACGAGUUAAAAACAGAAGCAGAGAAAGCAAUUGAUGCAUGCUCAUGGAAAGAAUAUAAAAGUGAUUCUGGUAGACCAUACUUUCAUAAUACUGAAACAAAAGAAUCAAAAUGGACAAUACCAGAAGAGCUACAAAAAUUAAAAGAUAACUUAGAGAAUGAAAAAAAACAGCUUGCUGAGAAUCAAGGCUCUUCAAGUGAAGAAGAAGUAACAGAUGAAGAGGAGGAGGAGGUAGAAACAAACGAAAAAGAAGCUGAAGAAACUGAUGUAAUUAAAGAGAGUCCAGCACCUGUAUCUGUAAAUAAAAAGCAGUGGGCAUCAAAAGAAGAAGCCAAACAAGCUUUUAAAGAUUUAUUAAGAGAAAAGAACAUUCACAGUUCAUCUACUUGGGAACAAGCUGUAAAGUUUAUUUCUAAUGAUUACAGAUUUGAAGCUUUACCUAAACUAAAUGAACGAAAGCAAGUAUUCAAUACGUAUAAGCAACAUAAAGCAAAUGAAGAAAAAGAGCAGGAAAGAGAAAAAGCUAAAGAGAGUCGUGAGCAACUUCGAAUUUACUUAGAGGAUCAUCCUCGUAUGCAUUCUCAUGUAAGAUGGAGGAAAGCAUGUGAUAUGUUUGAUAAGGAAAAGAUAUGGAGUGUUGUACCAGAGCGAGAGCGCAAAGACUUAUUUGAAGAUGUCAUAUUUUUUCUUUCUAAACGCGAAAAAGAAGAUGAAAAAAAAAUGCAUAUUUAUAAUAAACAAUACAUGUUAGAUAUAUUUUCAAACAUGCCUGGUUUGUCUUACAAGUCUGUAUGGACAGAGGCAACAGAAAUGUUAAAAGAACAUCCAAGAUAUAAAAAUGAUGAUAAAAUUAUUGAAAUUAUGAUGGAAGACAAAGAAGAUGCUUUAUCAGCUUUUGCUGAUUUUAUAAGGGAGGCUGAAAAGGAUUAUGAAGAAGAACGUAUUCAUGAAAAAAAUAGAAUCAAACGUCAACAUAGAAAACAUAGAGAGGCUUUUAGUGCUUUAUUAGACAACAUGCAUAAAGAGGGUUAUAUUAACUCAAUGUCUCGUUGGAUGGAUUUAUUUCCAAAAAUCAGUGAUGACAAUCGUUUUUCAAAUAUGUUGGGUAUCCCAGGAUCUACUCCACUAGAUUUAUUUAAAUUUUUUGUGGAAGAAUUAAAAUCCAGAUACAACGACGAAAAGAAAAUUAUUAAAGAAAUAUUAAGAGACAAACAGUAUUCUGUUGACGUUAAAACCCCUUUUGAAGAAUUUAAUGCAGUUGUUGUUGGAGAUUCACGUUCAGAAACAUUAGAUCCUGGUAACAUAAAAGCUGCAUUUAACAGUAUGCGUGAAAAGGCUGAAUCCCGUGAAAGAGAAAGAGCUAAAAAAGAAGAGCGAGAGGUUCGUCGCAAAGAAGGUGCUUUCCGAAAUUUAUUGAAGCAAGCAGUUCCACCUUUAGAAUAUGGUGAUAAGUGGGAAGAGGUUCGUUCCCGUUUUGAGAAAGAUGAGGCAUUUAUUGGAAUCAUGUUAGAGUCAGAAAGAAUACGAAUAUACAAAGAUUGGAUUGAAUCUCAUCGCUCAAAGAAAAAGAAAGAAAAAAAGAAACACAAAAAGCGCUCUGAAUCUGAGGAAGAAGAAGAUGAUGAGAAUCGUGAUAAUAGAAAUAGAAAAAAAAAGCAUCGUGAGCGAUCAAAAUCACCUUCCAAGUCACCUGUCUCUGAAGAGGAUGAAUCUCCCGAAAUUGAUGAAAAAAAGAAAAAAAGAAAAAAGAAAUCAAAAAAGAAGAAACUACGAAAUUCUUCAAUAUCUGAGGAAGAAACCGAACCUGAUACUCGAAAGAAAAAGAAAAAAGAUAAACGCAAAGAACAAUCCGAUGACUCCGACGAAGGAGAAGGUAGCUCUCCUCCACUGAAAAAAGAAAAAAGGAAAAAGGCUGAAUGGGAGUCAGCAAGUGAAAGCGAAACUGAACUGCAAACUCGACGUAAAGAAUUGUUACGCAAGCUUCGCGCUUCUGAUGGUCAUGAAUCGAACGAUUAAAGAAUAUGACUUGGUAAAAACUACAAUAUAAUUACAGGAUAUAAAUAUUAUAAAAUCAAAAAAUGAUUGUAAGUUUGUUGUUUUUAUAAUGGAAUACUUUAAAAAACGA